AUGGAUAUCCGGGGGUCUCGGUUCCUAGACCCAUCGUCUGCGAUGGCAGCGAUUACAAGACACAAGGCUGAAGCGAUUAAGCUAGCACGAGAACAAGGAAACGCCGUGAAAGAAAUGUGCCGUCGGGCAAAGACUGAAGUUCCGCCUUAUGAAUUCGAAGAGUUGAUUGGAAAAGGAGCAUACGGUCGAGUUUACAAAGGCAGAGAGAUGCCAUCUGGCCGCCUCGUGGCGAUCAAGGUGCUGGAUAUUGACUCGCUGGACUACAAGUCCCUGCGAGAUUUCAGAGAUGAGUCCAUCAAGGACUUUAUUCACGAGACAAAGGUUAUGAAGCAAGUCAAAGAUUCUGGGGCAAAGAAUAUCAACGAACUUAUCGAGGCAAUAUCUAUUCACUCGCAGCUGUGGCUCGUUUGUGAAUAUUGCCCAGGUGGCAGCGUUCGAACAUUGAUGCGUGCCACUAGUGACAAACUAGAAGAAAGAUUCAUCAUCCCAAUCGCUCGAGAAUUGGCGGUUGGCUUACGUGCGAUCCAUGAAGCUGGGAUUAUCCAUCGGGAUAUCAAAGCUGCAAACAUUUUGAUCCAUGAAGAAGGGCGUUUAGAGAUCUGUGACUUUGGCGUAGCCGGAAUCUUGCAGUCGCAGCGAGAUAAACGAUCGACUUGGAUAGGUACGCCUCAUUGGAUGCCACCCGAAAUGUUCUCAACUCGAGGCCAGGCCCAUCAAUAUGGCAGUGAGAUUGAUGUGUGGGCAUUUGGCUGUACCUUGUUCGAGUUCGCGACCGGCAAUCCUCCUAAUUCAGGUCUUCGUGAGCGAAUGCAGAUAGGGCGCCAACUAACUCGCAACACCCCCAAGCUUGACAGCAAUGAUUACAGCCAAGGUCUGAAGGACCUGAUCGCCUACGCUCUUGACUCUAACCCGGCCACCCGCCCUUCAAUGGCAGACAUCAUAGCUCAUCCAUACAUUGCCGAAACCGAUGAAGAGUAUCCCACAUCGUCUGUGGGCGAGCUUGUCCGAAACUAUUACCAGUGGUCUCAACGGGGAGGCCAGCGUAUUUCAUUGUUCCACCCAGGCGGUGCCGCAGCCGCAGAACUUCCAGGUGCUGAAGAGUCUGAUGAUGACUGGAAUUUCAGCACAACUGAUGGCUUCGAGCGAAGAUUUUCUGUCAUUGAUUUAGAUCAGAUCGCUGCUUCUUUGGCGGAGAUCCAGGAAGCCAUUAGCCCAACCACCCCCUCGCAAGAUCAUGACUUGAAUGAAGACACCGAUACCGAACUGGAUCCAGAGCAAAAAGCCAAUUUCGAUGAGCGCGUGCGUCGGGGCGCAGCGGCAAUGGAAGGGCUUUUUGAUGAAGAAAAACCAAUGUACAAGUACGAAACUAAAAAUGAUUUCGUGCCAAUUCAGCCUCCACAGCCAGCUUCUGAUCUACCACUACGAACAGAAACAGAUCGAUCGUCUGUGACCUCAACAUUCAUUGACAUUGAUAUUGGAUCCUUCGAUUCAUCGCACUACGCAGCGGGUGCACCAUCGGCACAACCUUUCCAGUUAGCCGACGCAGAUACCAUUCGUGCAAAUCGGUCAAGUCUUCGGGUGCAUCGAAAUUCCAACGACAAUAGCUCUCAGUCAUCUACAAGUGGUGGCGAGGACGAAGAAUUACAGACUGAGGAUUUCCAGCCGCAGUCAGGUCCCCGCCCACCAACGAUGGACUGGAAGUUUCCGUCUUUCAUGCAAACAGAGGAGGAAAAUCAAGAGACUCCCGCCGCAGCACCAACAACAACCGAUCAAGCAGUUGAUGAACCCAUACAAGAAGAAUCAUUCCAAGCCGAAAAGCGCGCAACGAUGGAGUGGACAUUUCCGGUCAUGUCAAAUGCGUCAACUCCACCAAAUGGGGAAACUGAGGAUCACCCACGCCGAGACGAUACUCUGAGAGCACCACUUCUCCCUCUUCACCCACACCCCACAGAGGAACCUCCUGACUCUCGUCCUUCCACCUCCGCUUCUACUCUUUCCAACGCAUCGGACUCAGAUUACGAUCCUUUCCGACUUGACCGCCCACACACCCCUUCAGACACACCCAUUACUACGUCCAUCCGAAGUCUUUCUAUUGAUUCCACAUCUUUCAACAUGGCUUCGCACCAGCUCGAUUUGCCUCUCGAGAUCCCCGAGGACAACGAGCUCCACCUUGAUGGUCCUGGACCUGACGAAGAGGAACCCGAUUCAAUGUGGAAGUCUCCCUUGUGGAAGGACAACACCGAAAUCAUUGAUCCUCAUGAGCUUCCCCACGGCUUCGUUGCUCGCAAGCAGGUCAGUUCUGUUGUUGCUCAUUACUCUCAGCCCGAAUCUCCUGUCUACGAAGAUCUUCCCACUGCUCGACUGGACACCUCCGCCGAAGCCAGUAGCAUGAACACCACUGCUGAGAAGUCGACUGAAUUCCCUAUCCCUAAGCCACCCAGUGCGAAGAGCAUGAUGGAAGGUGCCGAUGAUGCCGUCAUUGAGGCAGAGCUUGAUCGACUGCUCGAUGAUUUCCAGAAUGCGUUGACCAAAGUUGGUGACGGCAUUCGUGAACUUUCCGCUGCCAACUCUUCCCAGGACUCUCCUGAUGUUUGA